GAGCGAACCUUUAGAACUCCGAGACACAAUAUUCUGUUACAUUGUAGCAAAAUGGCGACUGUCAUUCACAACCCCCUGAAAGCGUAAGUAGGAAUCAAAAAUGUACAUAUUCCGCGUGGUUUAAAUAUGAAAAAAGGCGCCUUUCCGGCGCCGGCUGCCAGCCGGAGCCGGGUGCCGGCAGCCUCUCGGCGGGUCCCUCCUACCGCCCUCCUUUCUGCCCCAGCGGCUCGCUCGUUUUUUGUGCAACACAUCCCCGCGGCUCGCGCCGAAAUUAACGAGGAAAAAAAUUGUUGGGUUAAUUGGCUCCCGGGCGCGGGGCGGGGGGCGUCGGGCCGGGGGGCGGCGGCGGGGAGCCCGCCCGGCGCUCCCGGAGCUCAGCGCGGGGUCGGCGGCGGCCGCGUCCCGCAGGGGUGCGCGCACUUGACAGCGUCCUGCCCCCGCUGCCCCGGCGGGCUGGCCUCGCCACCGCGCUCGGCGGGGCACCGACCGGCCCGCGGGGGCGCUCGGUGCGCGGUGCCUCCGCGCUCCCACCGCGGCUCGGAGUUGCCUCGACAAAUCUUUGGGGAGUUGGGAUGUCUUGACGAAGCGACCCCCCCCUCCCUUCUCGGCUGGGCGGUCGGAAAGCGGAGCGGCGGGGGCUCUGCCGGUGCGCCUCGGCGCCCGUGCAGGAGAGGGAGCGGAGAGGCGAGGCAGGGAAGCAGACUUGGGUGAAAUGAAUGACUCGGGACUGCCGGUCGCUGAUUUUGGGCAGGAAGUCCGGAGAUCUGUUUUGCAUAUGACAGGCUUUCGCUUUUCAAAGUGGCAAAGAGAGUUGAUUGUAUUUCCAUCUUGAGAGCGGGCACAAGCCGCCGAGGGUUGUACGGACGGGGUCUGACCCCAGCUUGAGAGAGGGAGGGGGCAGGUACUUCUGCUGCGGAGGUAUUCCGGGGCUCCCGGUCUGGAACUAAGGCUGAUUUCUGAGGGGCACCGCGGGAGCCGGUUGUCGUCUUCUGGAUCGCGUCCUUUAUUUUCCUUGUGGUCUGCAGCGCACGCCGCUAAUCCCCGAAGGCAUUAGGGAGAGUGGGAUUUGGCACCGUAUGUGGGGAGCGGAGCUAUCUUAACCUUUUUCAAACGACUUCCCCGCUAACGGGGGCAGCGCUCUUCCUAGUGAAGCAGGGAAGCAGAGUACCUGGCGGUGACGCUUCGCUUGCACUUUCUGGCUGCGCUGAGUGGGUGUUUUUAUACCUUUGAGUUUUGUGAGAUGAAAUUAGGGCUGCGAGGUUUUUUCUUUUUCUUUCUUUUUUAUUUUUUUUUCCCGGCUCGAGUCUCUCCGCCUAGAGUUGGAAAAACACUUGAAGGUUUUUCCAGGGAUUUCUGCCGCUGUGUCUCUGCGAUCCAGAGGGAAAGGAAAGCCUCGAGCUGGGAAGGGGUGCUGACAUGUUUAUCAGCUUUCCUGCUCCGUCCUGGCAGAAAAACCUUUGCUUUCAUUUACUCGCCCUCUCGGAUAUAAAAAUCCGCGGGGAGAGGGGAGCGCAGUUGCAGGGGGUUAAUCGAAGAAGUCCGAGUGUCCUCAUGGGUGGGUGACGAGGGACUGAACGCGCUCUGAAAACCGCGCGGCAGAGGCAGCGUUUCUCCCCCCGCGUUCGACGGCAGGUUUACGCUUGUGCAGGCGACAGCGAUUUCUCCCCGCGCCCCUCCCGGCCGCCGGGCGCUGCCGGGCGCCGGCAGAGCACCCCGGGGCCGCACCGCCCGGCUUUGCACCUGGGCACGGAGCACCGCGGAUGUGUGCGCCGUUCGCGGCUGCUGCCGGUAGCGGGGAAGCCCGGGCUCGGGGGCCUCUGGGGACGGCGAGAGGGAGGCGGGGAGCUCCCAGGAGCGGCCACGGGAGCACGGCUGGCGGCCCCGGCCCCCGCCCCGCCGGCGGACGGGACCUUGCCGCCUCGCCUCGCACUUCGUGGCACCGUGGGGCUCCCGGCAGCCGCGGCGCUCUCUGCCGAAGGGCCGCUUGUGCCGAAAUGAAUCGGGGCCCGAUCCCGCUGCUGCUAAAGUCUGGGAGGACAGGAUGAGGCCAUUUAUAAUUAGCUCCCUUCUCCUCCCCUCGCCCCUGGGGGGUGUGAGAGGAGGAAACAAUAGACAUCAAGUGCUGGUUUCGCUUUUCUCUGUGUGCCUUUUAAAGUAUUAAGGCUAUGUGGAGGAAGUAGAAUUGGUACUGGCUGUCUGACACCAUCUGUAAUUUUGUUGACAACUUGUUUAAUAAAACAUUUUAUAAUUUUCACUUAUUCUUUAAAGUUGCUGAUCGGGAAACAAUACACAUGUAAAUAAAUUAUGCAUGGGAUAAAUUAGGACAAAAGCAGGAGGACACAUAAUAGGGGAGGGAUGCAGUCCACAUUGUUUUAUCCUCAUGUGUCCUUCCUGACAAUGAACGGGAGCUGAAUGACAUUUGCAUUUCCUCUGUCUGCGUUUUGAUUGUAUCUCAGAACCCACAAACGCCCCCUACAGAAACCGGCCACACAAAGGUUUUGCUCCGAAAUGGGGGACAAUGUAGGGACUGAGAAAUCCUGGCUCAGGUAUCAAGCAGCUCCUUGUGUAUGCUUGUGCAUUUAGGAGUGUCUAAUAUUCAGUUUAUCUCUGGCACUUGGACACACAUGUGGCCUUGUUCAUGCUACACUACUCUUUCUGAAUAAUGUAUUCCAGUACCUGAGCAUCUAUGGGAAUGCAUUUCAUAGAACAGCUCAGUGUGUGGAGUCCCUUGUUAAUGAUUGGUUUCUCCCUAUUCAACUUGCCUCUUUCUCUGUCACUUUUUGGUUCUCUUGUGGUGCUUUCUUCCCUUUGCUCUUCUCCCCUUCACUUCCUCUGGUGCACCAGUUUACCUGACAUGACUGUCUGUUAUUUCUGCCAUUUAUUAGCUUGUUGUUUACCAACACGGUGCUACAGACAAAAAUAUCUGAGAUCUAAGUUUAACAGAUCUGCAAGGUAAAGGUAGCAGGUGUUUGGACAAGCACAUGCUUCUUCGUCUGUAGAAAUGGCAGUAUUCUGACAGCUUUGAUGGGACAGCAGUGGAUUCAAAGUGCUGAAGUUGUUGAUGCUUUUUUCCCCCCACUAGUUUGUGUGUGUAUCUCCAUAUUUUUUGUUUCCAUCUUCUUCUUUGGAUAUUUUAAUAUGAAGACAUUUGAGUGGUACAGUAGAAGAAACAAAUGCAUUUAGAAAGUAUUCUGAAUUACUUCAAAUGUCAGUCAGAAAUCUCAGUGGACUCUGUAAACAUUAAUUAAUUAAACCUCUCAACGCCCCUGUGAAGAAAGGAUUAUUGCCUUUGUUUUAUGGAUGGCUAAACUAGGACAAAGUGGUUCAGAAUCUCUCUAAAAGAUGAAGUCUAGAAUGCAGGCAUUCAACUUCCAGUUUUAGCAUUUAGUCCCAUUUCCUCCAUCUCUGCCUUAUUAGUGAUGUGCAUAUGGUACCAUAAUGCACUUAAUGUAAUUAAGACCUUGUAAUUUACACAGCCUUGUCUAGAAGCAGAGCUGGUUUCCUCCCGCCCCUUCUCUGUCUUUACUCCCACGAAUGACUUUUAUUUCGGGUUGUCAAUUAAACACACUAAGUGGAACAUAGGUUGUUACCAUUUCAGCAUGUGAGGUCCCCCGUGCCGUGUAGCGCUCUGCCGGACACUCACCAGACAGCUGUUGCCUCCCAGGAGUUUAGAAGUGCCAGUGCUCUCCCUUCUGCUCAGGGCAGCGAUCUCGCUUCCGUGCUGACUGCGUUGUUGGAUAACUUUGAUAUACUUGGGGACACUUAUUCUCUGCCAGGUGUUUGGGGAGCAGAUCAUCACAGGUUUGUGUACACAAUGCUAGAUCUACAGCACAGAGCUGAUCUACCAGGCCUGUUCUGUAUCCGCAUUCCCACUGCAAGCACACAGCAGCAGUUGGGUUUUCAAUUGCUGUACCUUCUCAGAUAAAAUUGCCUUGACAGCCAACCCCGACCUUUGGGCUGCCAAAUGACCUUCCUUGUGAUGAUGAAUUCUGUGUCAUGAGACACCUAUGAAGAAAUGGUCUAUGUUUGCAUCCCUGUUUCACAUUGGCAAGAGACCAGUGUGGAUCUUGUAUGGCAAGAGUAUUUCAUUCGUGAUUAUUCUGGCUUAAACUCAGGCUGGGGACUCUUAACUGGAAGGUCCUGUAUCCCAUUACACAUCCCUGAAACAGCCCUAUGUCCUGAUUAAGUGCUGAUGAAGACUGAUUUUUUUUUUUUUUUUUCUUGGUGGACAUUGUUGUAUAAGCAUCUGGUUGCUGAUUUUUAAUAUUAAAGUGAAUGUAUAACGUGCAGUGCUGCUUUCAGCGGGUGGAAGCAAUAAAAUAGACAGACAGGUUGCUAGUUCCGUGUUUACAAGUGAUGUGGAGGUGAUUUUAAUGUGGCCUCGCAAAAGGGAAUUUUCUUCUGCUUGACAGAACAGGGUUUGUUGGGCACAUUAAACCAUGUACCAAAAUCUCUACAGCAAUUCCAGUGUGGUUCUGAUGUUACUUAAAACCACAAAUGAGCCCUAAUGUGACACACUUCAAAUCAAAACUGUUGUCCACAUGAAAACCAUAUUUUCUAAUAUCUCAGCAGCAGCUUUCAGAGAAAAUGGGAUGAAUGGUACUGUGUUUACAUGGGGAGAUAUAAGCAUAAAACCAAAGUCAUUGGAAGGCAGAAAGGCAAGUUGGAAGACCUAAGGAUACACUGGUUUUGAAUAUGGGAGGCUCUGAAAAAUGGCAUGUUGCUUGUUACAGUGCUAUGUCUGAUUCCACCACUCACUAAUGAAUGAUUAGUUGUUGCAGUGCUUUUGUAAUUUUGUUUUGUUGGUCUUUCAGUCUUUCACAGUCUGUCUAGAUGCAUGGAUGGAUGAAAGAUAUAUCUCAAAAUUGCCACUGAAGAAAAAGUUUUUAAAACAUAUUAUUUCUGGUGUAUGAAAGCAAUAUUGAACUAUAUGGGUUGUACUACAGAGGCCUAAAGGUAUGAUUUUUUGGAGGGUGUUAUAAUUUCAAGGUAAGCACUUGUCCAAUGGGCUGGAUGCAUGAUGACCAUUAGAUAGGAUUCACAGUGUCCAAGUGGGAAUACUUUACACAGAAGUCAGGUACGCAGAGCAAAGUGGGAUAUGUGUCAGUCUGAGUCAUGGGGAAGGUCGUGUGGCUCAUCCUUUGUGGAGCCUAAUGAAAAUUGAUUUCCUCCUCUGCUUUCCUAAAACUGGAAGCAUGGUAUUUGAAGGUUGCUCUUGAGAGCAGACCUUGUCCAUCUUGUAUGUCUGUCUUCUAAAGCUUAUAACAGUUGGCUGUAGCUCUUCUGUAUGAGGCAUUCCAAAGCCCCCACUGGCUGUGAAUAAACCUUCUUUUAGCAUUAUAAUAUGCCGAAUCUGGAAUUUUCUCACUCUGCUUUGUCUUUCAUGUCAGAGCUGAAUUUCUUUGCUCAGUGGAUCAAUUUUACAAUCUUGGUAUUUAUUCUGGGCUCAUCACUGUGUUGUCUGUAUGUGAUGUUGCCUUGAGCAAGAGCCAUUCCUGUAUUGUUUAUCCCUGAGGACUUGUAGGAGUGGAAUGAAUCUGUUCCGGGAGUUGUUUUUUUUUUUAUCCUUGGAGAGACCAACCUCUGAUCUGAGGUUUCCCUGUCUGGGGUGACAUACUCCCAUGUGCAGACAGGCAGCACCAAGGCAGUGUUGCUUGAGGCCUGUUCUGAGGGCUUCAUUAGGACUGUGCUGCUCUUCUGGCUUUGCCUGGCAAUUUUGCCCAGGAUGCAGAGACUGAGGAGCAUUAAUCACUUCCUUAGUGAAGGUCUCAGUUUUUGCACUGGUUUGUUUCUUAAAGGGAAAGUUAUCUCAACAACACAAUCUAAAAGGAAUCAUACUUUAGAAUACUUUUCUUUUUCAAAACCAGAAAUUUUCAGGUGGCUUCUUUUUUUAAAAAUUUCUCUACAGUUUGUGGAACAAACCUAUGUACUCUGGAUGAGUGCAUGAGAAGCAGAAAGCGGUUUUCUUCUUUCUUAUUUCAAAAGAAAGAAGAGAGCUGCACAGUUGUUUUUACUGUCCAAAUUGAGUGACCUGGAACACAAAUAUUGUAAGUGAAUGCUUAAAUACCUAAAAUUUAAAAUCCUUAUUUAUCUUUAAUAGCCUAAAUUAUUCAAAGCAUGAUACUUUUAAAAUUAAUUGUUAUAUAUGGUUUAUUUCCCAGCAGAGCAUAUUUUAACCACAGAUUCCCAGCAGAUGUCUCAGAAAAGAAUAAUGCAGUGUCUCAAUGGCUGCUGGCAAAUAUCCUUCUCACACCACCAUCCUCUCCAGAGUGGGAAUAGCAGCAGGAGUAUGUCAGCACGUGUCUCGGUUUUCAGGUUACCUGCCUGAGCCGGGUGCGGUCAGAGAGUUGCGAUUCCAGCCACAUGGAAGGUUUUACUGACACUCCAGCCUUGUCUGAGGGGAGGCUUCACAGGGAACCAGUGGAGCAGCAAGAGCAGGGGAGGGACAGGUACUGAUGAGUGUGCACUAGGUGGCUGUGAUCAGCAGCGUGUGCUUGCCAAAUCCCGAUGCAUUAAUUCCAUGUUCUGCUGAACUGUAGCUGGGAGAGAGUCUCCUGCUCAGGUGUUGAUGGGGACACUGACUACAUCAGUGUUCUUCUGGUAAGAAAGGCUGGAAGUGAUAUUUAAUGUCACAGUCUGUUGUGACAAAAUUGAUCCAACCUGAGGAUCAUCUCUCCAUUCAUACAAAACUGUGAGUUCUGUUAGUCUGAUAACUUUCUACUUUCUUUCUGGUAAUUUUCAUAAAUGAAUAUAAAAUUCUAACUGUAACAUAUAUGACAUUUUACUAUGCAAAAGAAAGGAACUCUAUGUAACUUAUAGUUUCUCUCCCCUGUUUUUGCUCAGAUUCCUGUUUGUGGUACAAUAUACAAAGCCUUUGUUAAGACAUUGUGCUAACUUUUCUACCAACACAUGGUUUAAUGCAUCCUGCCUUUUAGUUCUCAAAAAUCUAGAUAGGUUGGACAGUGCAAAGAAAAUCAGGUGCAGAGCAGUGAAAUAAGGCCAUGCCCUGAGUUGGUUAAUUUCAGUCUGCCCUACCGCAUCAUCUGGCAGGGCUGAUUUGAUCUGAUCAGAUGUGGGCAUGCUACUUCUGCCAAAAUGCAAAGUACAGUGCUUAUGCUGCUUUUAUGCUUUGAGUUGGCUUCAUGAGAGCCACAGGAAGAUAGAUUAUGGCUGUUGGAACAAAAUUCCCUCUUGAAAAUGUUUUGGGUGCUUUUUAUGUUUUGGAAGAGUAAGUGAACACCAGUUCAAUGCUUUGUGUCACAGGGCUGUGAAGUUUUUGGUCUGCUUCUAGGAACUUUGGAUUUUCUAGUAUUCCUGUGGAUCUACAACCUAAUGUGACUACUCAAAGAGUUGGGAGAAAAAUCAUGGUGGCUGGAGUUAUAGCCCAGAUAAUUCACUAACCAGUGAACACUGUGAAAAAGAAACUUAUUGUGGAGACACAAAGUUAGUAUUAUUUCUUCAAGGGAAAAGUAAUGUCUAUAUUUUUAUUCCACUUCCCUUUCAAGAACAGUUUUGUAGAAAGUAAUCCAUAGAUUUGUGACUUCUCAAGUAUUUUGGUCUCAAUAUUUUUUCCUGAAAGACUGUGUUUAGUCAAUGAUGGGGACAAAUACAUUUUAUUUUUAUGAUUACUUUAAAACCUGUGCAGUCUGAAUAAAGAAUAAUGGAAACAGUGGCUCAUAAAGCUAUUUUACUGCUAAACUCCUUUGGUGGGCAUUAUAUGUGAGGCUGCUCUCCUGAGUGUUCAAUAUCAGAAAUCAUAUAAUGAACUCACUUAUAUCUACAAGCUUUCCCUGACUGCUUAUGCAUUUUUUUUUUCUGAACUACUAAAGACUGUAGGUUUUUGUGUUUUCUAGAGAUUGUUUAUCCUCAAAGUUUUUAGUUCAUUAACAUAUACCUAUUUAUGUGAAAUGUGGAUUAAAUCAUGAUCACAAUUUUAAUUCAGAGAUUAGUACCUUUUAUAGCUGGGAUAGUACAAAUUAAGAGGCAUGUGAGAUGUGAUGGGUGAGGUUUGGUGAUGGGAACUUCUACUGCUUCAUCAUAUCUGACUGAUCCUUUAAUUUUUAGGAUCUGCUUCUCCACAAAUGAUGUUUCUGUUAACACUGGUGAUGUUACCCUUCAGUGAUCUAAUGGCAUGUGGAUGAAAGUGAUGUUAAUACCUUCACAGGCAGGAUGGGGCUCCAAAGGCUUCUUGCUUCUUUCUCUUCCUGUGCUGAUGCAAAUGAAUGGGAACUCAAUCAGGUUACUGGUAUUAUGUUGGUGGCAAACAGGCAUUCCUGAGGUUGAAAUCUAACAAAAUAGUGUUGGUGGGGGAAAUACGUUGAAAACCCUUCUCCAUUUUCUGCCACCAGAUCCAAUUUGUUUUUGUCAGUAGUCUCAGCUAAAUGUUUUAUCUUCUCCUUGCUUUCCCCUGCCUCCCAACCUCUUUCCCCCAUUGACCUCUAUGAGCGCAGUCCUGGCUGCUGAUUUAUCAGGGCAGGCUGGCUCAGCACUGUGUGGAGAUUGCUUUUAAUUAACUCUCUUCGUUUUGCCAACCUUCAGGGAGCAGCAACCCUUUAAUGAUUAUAAUACUUUAUCUGGAUUUAUAUCCGCCUUAUGUGUUGUUUGUUGCUCUGCUUCCUCACAUGCUCUUCCUGAGUCAUUUCCCAAAAUGAAAGGUUUGUUUCAGGUCCCUCAUACAGGAUGAGGAAGAGAGACUUAAAUGGCUUCUGGACUGGAAGGAUGGACUCUCUGUGAUCUACCUGAGUGUUUUGGAGGCGGAUGGGGAUUAUGAGGUGAUGCAUUUUGGGGCUGUCUUGGAGCAAGACUCAUUUCAGUGACUUGUCUCUAUGCACAGGGAGAGGCAGCUUUGUUUUGUGGUUGCAGCAUGGCAGAUGAAUGCCUACUAAAUUUAAUCUGCCCAUUGACUUGUUUUAUGACACAGGUAAGUCAUGAACUCAUUGUCACAGUUAGGUUUAACUCUAGUGACUUCUCUUCCUGACUAGCUGGAAUUUUGCUAAAAUGUAGUUGACUUCUGAUGUAUAAACACAGGUCUAAAGGAGAGUCUCUCUUGACCUGCAAAACUAGCUUGGCCUUCUGUGAGUAGCUCUACCAAGUGAAGUUUCUUCAAAAUGAGCAGAAAGCAGCUAUAUAAAAUUUCUCCCACCUGGGAUUUCCUCUCUGCAUAUCCUACAAUGAGGAUUUCAGGAGAUUCCAGCAUGAAGUAAUUAGAAAAACUAUGUUAUUUGCAAUGUAAAGUAUGUGUCACUUUUGUGCCAGAAAAAUGCUUUAUAAUCAUGCUUUAAUUAAGCAUCAUGGUCCUUUUUGUGGUGUAAUUUCUUCCAUUAUUCUGUGGGAAGAAUGACAUGGCACUGUUUGACUUGGUGAUGGUCACACUAGUCACACCAUCAACCAUUGACUCAACAUUGCAUUGUUUUUGGUGUUGGGCAUGAGAGUGAUGUUUUGAAGGUGAGUGGGAAUCCUUCCUUGUUAGCACUUUCAUGACCAAACUGAGGAGCGGAAAAGUGAAUUAAGACUGCCUGCCUAGCUCUGAUGGAAGAAGUUCACAAAAAAUUAUUGUUAUACCAUCCUUAAUCGCAGUGAUUUAUGCCUAGAGCUAAUAAAGGCAUUUUUGGGAUGCAAAGACUUUACCAUGGAAAUGAACCAAAUGGCAACUAUUGCAUUUCAAAAUAUAAAUGCUGUGCACCAGUCUGUUCAGUAUGAUUUCAAAGUAAUCGGUGUGAGAAUAGUUUUAUGUGGCUGCUUGUAAAUAUGUGUAUUUAAACCCCCUUUGUUAAAAUGGCAGAGGAAAUUAAGAAGUUCCCAGGUCUAGUCCUCCCUUACUGAGGAAAAAGAGACACCAUCUGAAAGGAAUACAAGUCGUGGGUACUACUUAUCCAAAUGUUGGCAGCACAUCACUGGGUAAGAUCAUCUGUGUCAUCUGGUCUGUGGUGUGUGUUUGUAUCUUUCCUAUCUUCUCCUGCAGUCAGCUUUACUUUAAAAACAUAGUUGUUUAAUUUAUAUUUUUGUGUGUUGUUGCUGUGAUUCCACAGUAACUAACUCCUGGCAUUCUCAUCUGACCAGAUUGCAAACAUAUCUGGUUCAGGUACUCAUUCUGCUGAGUUCUGAAAGUAAAUCUUCUGCUCCCCUAUUAUUAACUUUCCUGUUUUGUUUCCACUACUAACUUAUCCACAAAGUUCUAGGGUUAGAAGAGGCUGUCUCCUGACACGUCUUCUGAAUUCCUCACUGCAAAACACACUCACCAUGCAAAGUUGAAACCUAGCUGGCCCUCAAAGGACAAUGUAUUUCGCAGGCUGCUGUUUUCAGCUGCCUUCUCCUCCAUGCACCUUUCAGAACAGAAGAAGAGCAGUGGAUGAGGGGUGAGCACUCUGCCUUUGAGAAAGGCUCUGACCUGAAAAUGGAUUGCAAUUCCAGCCGAAUGGUUGCUUCCCUUAGUAACAGAAUUGCACGCCUGGGCUCUGAGCUCUUUGCAUUAAUUUCAUCUCUGCUAAACUUUCCCAGUCAAUUAACCAUGUCCAUCUCCUGCUCUAGCAGCCACAUGUGCCUUUUCUGAUGCAGCAGGGUUUGGAAGAAGUAACUCCCUGCAGCCUUUGCUGCAGCAGUUUUCCUCAAGCAUCUUCCCUCAAGCAUGGUUAUCAAUCAGGACCUGUCAGGUUUUUUCCCUCCAAUGCAUCUAUUUUCAGAGCUGUAGGAGUUUGACCUAUUGCUUUUGUCUUUAUAAGUACUGCUUUUUACAACAGGGCCCAAAGCUGCAUGAAAAUUUCAGUCUUAGUGUGAGGAGAUUCUGCUAAGCCUGGAUAUUUCUUUUGCUUUCUGCCAUUCUGCCUCCCUCAGGUUUUAAUUUUGCUUGUCCAAAAGGCCUCGUUAAGCUGGCCAGUAGUUCUUGUGUGGUUGUUCCAGGCAGCACCUGCAGUGCAGGGUUCUCCUCUGAGUACUUGGCUAACAGGAUUUCAUGAAAGAGCAGUGAGUUCUUUGAGGCUGGAGUGUCUGGGAGAUGCUCAGUCCUGGGGUUUGAUAUAGGCUACCUUUGAAGGGAGUUCUGCACCCUCCUCUGGAAGAAUGGUUUGGAUGCUGGCUAGUGGUCCCUUGGCAAAGCACCUAAGGGGCCAUGAGUGUCUUGAAUAAGAUUUCCUUCCAUGUUGUGCUAUGAUCAAAGCCUAACUCAGGGUGGGCAAGAGUGCCUGUUAAAGCAAGAGUCUAUGCUUUUUGUCCUGAGCAUAUAGUCACCAUGAGCCUGGUUCUGUUUCUAUAGGUACCUAUAUCAUAAAGGCUGCCAUCCUAGUUGCCACUAACUGGGUCCUGUGUGUGCACUUUCAGACAAGAAGACAAAGACCAAAUUGGCCACAGUGGCUCAGUUAAUGGAAAUGCAGGUUUAAAGAAGGGUUCCUGGGUCUUAUGUCCAGUUCUCUGGUACCAUGUCAGAUAAUCUCUUUCAUAAACUGAAAAGUCUUAAAUCCCCACUUGGACUGUUUGUUCCCAUUACUCCUCUUGGGAGGGUUCCAAAACCCACUGCUCUGGUGGCUGGAAAUAGCAUUUUAAUCCCUAGCCUAGCCCUACUUGUGACCAGUUUAUUCCCAUUUGUUCUGGUGCCAGCAUGAAGUUGUUAGUUUAAAUACUAUUGCUCCCUCCAUGUCUUCCUCUCCACUAUGACUUGUACAUUUGUGCAACACUGUUAUAAGUCCUGUCAGUCCUUGUUCUGAUAUAGUAGACUGUCUGCGCUAUCUUUUCCCUUCCUUUGGUCACUGAAGUAUUUAUUGUCUUUAUUGUCUCUACUCCAGCUUGGAUUACUCACAUUCAGCUUUCUUGAGUGUGAGUAGACAGAGUUGUACUUUGUUCCAGGUGGUUUUGCCCUCUACAAUAACUUUAUUUUUUACCUCUUCUGGGAAAACCUUGCUUUUGCAUUUGUUUGUGGUUGUAUAGUGCUGCUGGUUUACAGUUAUCUUGUGGUAGACUAAUACUGUUAUGUUUCUUCUUCUGUCCUUUCAGCUGUCGUUGAGAUGAUGAUCUGCAAGUUAUUAAGUGAAAUUUAUACUGAAUUCACUCCAUCCAGUUCUUCUUGUCUGAUGCUUUUAAUUUCCUUGGUGUCCCUUCAGCUUAUCCUCGGGGACCAGUUCUACAAAGAAGCAAUUGAGCACUGUCGCAGCUACAACUCUCGGCUCUGUGCCGAGCGCAGUGUCCGCCUUCCCUUCCUGGAUUCACAGACUGGGGUGGCUCAGAACAACUGCUACAUCUGGAUGGAGAAGAGGCACAGGGGACCAGGCCUGGCCCCAGGUCAGCUGUACACAUACCCAGCACGUUGCUGGCGCAAAAAGAGGCGUUUGCAUCCCCCUGAGGAUUCCAGGCUGAAGCUGCUGGAAAUUAAACCUGAAGUUGAUCUGCCUCUGAAAAAAGAUGGGUUCACCUCAGAAAGUACAACUCUGGAAGCUUUGCUGCGUGGAGAGGCAAUAGAGAAAAAAACAGACACUAAAGAGGAAGACACUAUACAAGAAAUCCAGAGGGUUUUAGAAAAUGAUGAAAAUGCAGAUGAAGUAAACGAGGAAGAAGACUUGGAAGAAGAUAUUCCAAAACGAAAGAACAGGCCUAGAGGACGGCCAAAGACCCCCACCUGGAAAAAAAUUUUCCAGAAAAAUGCUCGGGGGUCUGGAGGUGGCAGGAGACGGAAUGAUGCUGCCUCCCAGGAUGAUAAUGACAAACCCUAUGUUUGUGACAAUAGUUACAAACAAAAGCAUAAAUCAAAAAUCUCCGACAAAGUCUGUGGCAAACGUUACAAGAACAGGCCUGGGCUGAGCUACCACUACGCUCACACCCACCUCGCCAGUGAAGAGGGUGAUGAAGCCCGUGAGCAGGAGACACGCUCUUCCCCUGUCCACCGAAAUGAAAACCACAAACCCCAGAAAGGACCAGACGGGGUCAUCAUUCCCAAUAACUACUGUGACUUCUGCCUCGGAGGCUCCAAUAUGAACAAAAAAAGUGGCCGGCCUGAGGAACUUGUAUCGUGCUCAGACUGUGGGCGCUCUGGACACCCGACCUGCCUGCAGUUCACCACAAACAUGACUGAGGCUGUUAAAACCUAUCAGUGGCAAUGCAUUGAGUGCAAAUCCUGCAGCCUCUGUGGGACCUCAGAGAACGACGACCAGCUGCUCUUCUGUGAUGACUGUGACCGUGGCUAUCACAUGUAUUGCUUGAACCCACCAGUCUUUGAGCCCCCAGAAGGGAGUUGGAGUUGUCAUUUGUGCCAAGAGCUGCUCAGAGAGAGAGCAUCAGCUUUUGGCUACCAGGCCUGAGGAGCUCCAGCAGUCAAGAAACACCUUGCUCCUGGUGUUGCCAUACCAGCACACAAUUCCCAUCCAGAACACAAAGACACGACCCACAUCCAAAUGAACGGACACUCAAAUACAGGAAGAGGUAUCUGUGGUAUUCACUGUCACUAAUGCCAGACCUCCUGGGCUCUGCUAGGACUUGGUACUUUCCCAGUGAUCCGGAUGAAAUCUCUUCACUGCUGUGCAUGGUUUCUGCUUGCCAUCAAUAGGCUUACACGCAUUGUGGAAGGGGGAGGGUUGUACCAACACGGAGAAGUCAAUUUUAUGUGGCCUUGUGCUUUCUGUUUAGUCUUUUUUUUAUUAUUAUUAUUUUUUUUAAUGAAAAUGUAAUAAGAUAUUUCCCAAGGAAUUAUUGGUGAGUACUCAGCUGGGAGCAGCACCAGGUGUUUCUCUUCACAGGCUUGACUGGAAAUCUCUUUACUGCAACCACUCUGUAGAUGCAUGGGUACUUAAGAGGGGUGCUCUGAGAGUUGUGUUUAGUUCAAUAAUUCCCAGUUCAUGAGCAGCACAUUGUCACUAAGAGAAGCACUCAGCAAAACUUUUUGGGGUGACACUUUCUCCAUUGAAUCAAAUGCCCUGAUUUGGCAGAUCAUUAGGAAUCUAUUUUAAAUGUAAGGAAGAGCAGUACUGAUAUGUACAUGCUCAGAUGCUUAGAAAUGCCUUUGGUAUUCAGGAUAUUCAGGCAUACUGUCCCACUGCAAUGCCAGCAAUACCUUCCAGACACAUAAUUUCUUUUCGAUCAGAAAAUUCUGAGUGAAAAAUCUUACGUAUAUGCAACUGACUUUCUGUUUAGCUCAGAAAAGUGAACAAAAGAAAAAUUGUCAUCUUAAGUUGAUCUUAGAAAGUAAAAAUGGUCAGCUUUCUGAGCAAUCUAACGUAAGUUGCAAAAAGGAACAAUUUUGGCCUAAGGUCAAAUGAAGCACUUUGAUUCAUUUUUAAAAAUUUCUAAACUAAAAUGUUCUGCAACCAAAAGCUGCAUUUUCUGGGCAUUGCCUAAUCCAGGCUUUCAGCAUUUCCGAAGCGUUACUGUUCUUUGUCAAAGUAAUUAUUGAGAUCUAACUAAAUUUCCCAAAAAUUUUCCCCCAAAUUCUCUACAACCACAUCUUUGGCCAAUGACAUAAUUUGUCUAAAAACCUUCCCCAGCUCUAAAGAGAAGAAUCAUUUACUGAACCUAACAUGAAAAGAAGAAUUUUCAUAAUGAUUAAAAAAAUUAAAUAGGAAUAGUUCUACUUUAUUUAAACAAAGUUUUACACAUGAAAUGAAAACAUUUUAAGUGAGACCAACCAUUGAAAAAAAAUUAUUGUAGUUGAAUCUCUUUGGAUAAUUUAAGACAUUACUAGGAGAAUAAGUACAUCAAAUAUUUUCCACAAAAUACAUCUUUAAGGUUAAAAAUCUACUACUCCCUAUACUGCCAAGUAGCCCAGAAUAACCAUUUUGUUGGGGUAUGAUGUAUAUCACUUUCUAUGCAUAGAUUUAAGUGGGUUUAUAAUAUAAAUUUAUGAGAGCAGCAUGUGACUCAUGUUGCUUGUACAAGUAGGUAAGGAUACUGAAGAUUAUAUUUGGCAUGUUUAUAUUGGUUGAAACUCUUCUGCAAAAUGAAAUGUUCCCAAACACUUGAAAGACAUUGUGAAACAAUAUUUUUUCUUCCUUCUCCUGCUAAUUACACUUAGUUAGGAUGAGCUAUACUGACCUAGUGCACCUUUUCUCAUUAUUUAGAUAGUUUCUUCCCCUUUUGUUCAGCUUACACAUCAAAAGUAGCUGUGUCAGCUACUGGAUUCUCCCACCUACUGUUGCAGCCUCUUCUCAGGCUAUAGCAAGAGUAUUUUAACCUGUUACGAAAAAAAAAAAAUGUAGAAAGUAUUUAUCCUAAUUGUAUUGGACCAAAUCUCUCCUGGAGCAGCUGCACUGGCUACCUGUAAAAUUCAUUUAAUAUCUUGUGCUUUCCAUGUGACAGCCCUUCAAUGAGCUGAGAACACAAAGAAAUUUGAGCAUCAAAUCUCGAGAGAGCAAAGUGGAAGCCUGUGCACUUGCAUCAGGUGUCUGAUACCUGUUGGAACAAGACCCUUGAGCAAAUAUAAAAUAAAACAUCUUCUUCCCAGUCUGGAACUGCCCUGGCCCUGAGGAGCAUUUGGAGGACAGAGCUGAUGUGCAAGCACAUUUAUGCUCUUCUGUUGGUGUGGUUGAACCCUGCUGAUCUGGCAUUUUGGGACCACCACAUGGUUCAGUCUGAUACAAAAUCCUGUUGCUGUUGUGGCCAGGAGUGCAAGUGUGUAUUCACCAGAGACACCAUUGGGCUCUCUCACAGAAAAUGGGUGUUUUGAGAAGAGUGAAUGGAAAUGAGAAGUGUGUGUGCUGGAGGAAACUUCUGUGUUGGUGCUGCUGCUGGUGGGAUCAGCAGAUGUGGGUUAGUGUUUGGGCUGGUCCUUAGCUACCAGGACCUAGAGACUUCCAUCAUAAAAAUCACCAUUGCCUUCCAGUGUCCAGAUGUUUACACUGACCUUGAAGGAGUAGGAAAUGUCUGUGUUCCUAAACAGAGAGGACAUGCAUGUUGUUUUGGCCUGUGUGUUAAGCAGACACUGGUGGUUCAUCGUGUAAGUCUCAGAUAGCCUUGUUGGUGGAACCAGCUGGUGCAGAAUUUCCGUGGUCUCCAUCCCUAUGACAGAGACAUUGCUAAAGGAACUGUGCUCUCUGUGCACACCUGCUUUCCUAUUUUGUAGUUUUGAUCCAGAGCUGUUUUUUCCUCCCACAACCAUUUUGCAGCCAACAAUAUCUUUCAUGUUCAGAAAUACUCCUCCGUGGCCUUGCUGAAGUUUCAUCACUAAUGAGGUAUGACAGAAGGACAGAUUGCUUAGAACUUCAAUGCCAAAGUGUUGUUUGCCAUCUGAGAUCAGUGUGGCAGGGUGCUUGCCCACAGUGGACCAGCUGUGUUUCAUCUCUCCAGCUUGAUUCUGUGUGCUGUGUAGCCAGGCAGCUCCAGGGGACUUUGGCAGCAGAUUAGAUACAAGCUCUCCCUUGUGGAGAACUUCCUCCAGCUACAGCAUCCCUUCUUCACUAGCAGAGUCCAAGAUACGGGGCUGGAACGGAACUCUCAGUGACAUUUUUAGCAUGCAUUCGGACCCAUGUAUAUUGGUGCACUUCAGAAAUACGACUGACCUCCCAGGUGGAAAAUGCACCAGCUUUGCUGACAUGUGGAGAGGUUGUGGCACUACCAUGGGGAUGAGGAAGAGGAGUUUAGACAACCCGAUUCCCUGUCACCUGCUGCCCCACUGGGGAUAGUCCUCCUGCAUGACUGCUGGGAUGUGUGAUUUGGGCAACACCAUCAGCUGUCAGGCAAAUCUUGCCAGUGAUCUGGUCUGGCCACUAAACAGUGUGAGGGCUCUGGCUCAGUGUGCUGCUCUCUCUUGUGCUAUGGCAGAACAUGCAAGUUUAUUGGCAGUCCCUGAGAUGAACAAACUGAUGUUUUUCAAAACUCUUCUGUGUAAGGAAGGCAAUUAAUAUUUUAGCACAAAUCAGGGCAAACUACCAGGAGAUGGUAGAUCCUGUAUGCCUCAAAGACUUCAAAUCAAGAACGGACAGGUUCCUAGAUGUAUUUUAAUUUAACACAAUCUUAUUUAAUCACAGGAAUGUCUGACUGGAAAAGGUUUGUGUUAUAAAGGAAGUCAGACUGGAUGAUGUAAUUGUUCUUCCUGGCUUUAUCAUAAAACCAGAAGUUUACUGUGGGAGAGGAUGUAUUUAAAUACAAGCGUGACUGCAUAAUGGUCUUAAAGUAUGUUAGUUAAACAUAUACACAUGAUCCUUCUACUUUUAACUCCUUUUGGAUAACCUAAAAAAGGUCAGUUAGACAAAAUCCUCUUUACUGAUGCAGUAAAUUGUGCAUUACCUCCUUCAUGCCCACAGGGGCAUCUACUUUGGUAUUGGCUACCUCGGGCUGUUCCAGAGACUGAAAAAUUCAGACUGUAUUGUGAGAAAGCAUGGCUUGCCUCUGGCUCUCCCUCAUCAUAUUUAUGUGCUGCUCUGCCCAGUUUUCUGUCCAUGGUGGGAAGACCACUGGGGAGGGCAGCACCUGUGGGGACAGACUCAGAAACCAGAGGGAUGGAGGAAUGACCACAGACUGGGGGCAUCCAAGCGGUACCACUGAGGAAUUGAACUCGUGUUGCCAGCACAGAGCCUCCCACAUAGCUUGGAAAAGGCAAUACCUCUGAGAAACACGAGAUGGGUCCUAAUUUGCCCCCAAACUGUGCUUCCAUAGCUGUGUUGUUGCAUCAAGUUUACAGUGCACAGAGUUUACAUUCUGUAAACUUACCUCAGACCAGUUCUUGAGCUAGGAAAGCCACCAUUAAGUGUGUGCUUUUGAAGCAAAUGUUACUCUAAAUAACUUUGAAUUCAUGAUUUUUCAUCUUUCUUUAGAAGGAGCUAAGUCAAUUCUGCCCCAAAGGAAGAUUCUCCUGCACUAUGCAGUGUUAUGGGGCUGUAGCAUUUUCUUUACACCUACAGCAUGUGUUUUGACAGGGGUCAUUUGGGAGGUGAGGAGUGGAUGGGGGUAGAAAGGAAUAUUAAUUAAGCUUGUCACUGCUAGAGGGAUAGUGUGCAUUGUAGGCAAGAAAAUUCCAGGUAGAGCUGGGCAUGACUUUUCUGUGUGGAAUGAAUUAAUUUUUUUAAAAUGUUCUUUUGAGAGAACCAUAAUUAUUAUCAAAGUCCAAUCUGGCAAAUUAUUUCAUACAACAACUAAGAGGAAACAAUCGAAAGAGUUGAAAAUUAUUGUUUCAAUCUUUUUAGAAAAAAUCACUUCAAUAUUUGAAUUUUAAAGUUAACAUAAUUUAUAUGGGGAAAAAUCUGGCACCAGUCUGUGAGGGAAGAAAAUAUAGAUCUUACGGAGGACAUGAGUAAAAGAUAGAUUAUUUUUGCAAUGUUGUUAUGGGAGGCUGUGGGAUGAUCACGAGGAAGUUACCUGGCAUUUUAACAGUUGACCAGUUCUAUAAUUUUGGGAAAAUAAGUUCUGUGGAGAGGAGCAGGCAGACAGGUCAGGAAAGCCCUUCUCUAACCUUUUCUGGGUUCAUUAUGAUCUUACCAUCUCCCACGUUUGCAUGACAGGAGCAGGGUGACCACGGCUGCCAGGCAGGAGCAGGAGGGUGCUGCCCCAGCCCCCCAAAUAAGGGGUGAAUGCAGAAGGAGCCCCCAGCCAAACUGGCAGGGAUGCUCAUGGACUGAGGGCCCAACCUGGAGCUCAGCUGCCAGCUGCUGACCCGGAUGGGGACAGCCUGUCCUGCAGUGCUGUCCCUGUGCCCAGCUGCCCAUCACAGGCACACUCAGAGCUGCUCUUCUGAGCCAGCCCAGGAGUGGGACACUCCCCACACCCCACCUGUGUGGAGUUAUGAAGCACAGGGCUUAUUUCCACUUCCAGCAAGGAUUGCAGCACUGCUGUGGACAGGUGCUCAAAUCUGUGCCUCGCUGCUGGAGAAAAGGCAGGAUGGCAAUUCUUAGCUGCUUCUGCAAAGCACUCGGAGCCUACAAACAGUGAGCAAGCCCUAAGUGCUGCUGUUUACCACAGUGCUGCACACCCAGGCUGUGGCAGAGCAAGAAAAGCCAACUCUUCUGGGCUUUCCUUACACCAUUUGUUUUUGCCAGCCUCAGGCCCAUGACACUGCCCAGGAGAUAGGAGCAAGUGACAAGGCAGGAGUUGGAUGCAAAAGAUCCAAGACCCUGCAGAAGGAACACAAAAGCUUAGUUGCUGUGGCUGUGCUUUUCCACUGGUAAAAGAGGGCAGGAAUUGUGACUGGCAGGCAGCCAAAUCCAUCUUUGGUGGUGAUAUAAUUGCUAGCAAUGACCUCCAGCCACAGCAGUAGUUAAAUGGCUUUUCAGGGCAGGGCAGACACCAAACCUGGUCUGGUUUACGUAAGAUAAACUCAGGUUUGCUGGAGGGGCAGGGAGAGGAGGGGGUGUCUGUGGUUUGAUGAGGACUGAUUUACAGGAGCAGCUGCCCAGCCCACUCCCCAUCGAGUUCCCCUGGCUCUGCAGGCUCAGGCAAUGUCUCCAUCCUAUGAGUGCCAGUGCCAUCAUCCAGGGCCAAAGCAUCAUGUCUCCGCUCCUGGGGAGCAGUUUUGCAGAGGGUGCUGGCACUGUCCCAGCUCUGUCUCUGGUGGUGCUGGCUGGGGCACAAGGUCUCACUGUACUGGAGACAAGGGUGAGAGUGACUGACGCUCCCAGGCUGUGUCCUCGGCCCCUGGGGUCAGGGGCUGUCUGGAAGGAGGCAGGCUGCAGGUUGUGCAAGCACAAUUUUGCUGUCCUGAUGGCCAAGCCCUAGCACAGGGUAGAGAAGAGGUGCAUCACUCUCCUCUCUCUCCAGCUGCACCAUUGGGGUGUUUGGACAGUCCCCCACCACUGUGCACGGCGGCACUUAACUGAGGGGAAAGGGGAAUGUGAAGAACAGCAAGUGCCUCCAGGGAACAGAAGGGAUUUUAGGCUUUAUCCUUUUAUUGUAUGCCAGUGAGAAUGCCAGGCAUUUAGCAGCUGAAGAAUCGAGCCAAAAGUUUAUUAAUAUUUGUUGUGUAUUUCUGCCAUGUUGGGUGAAAAUGUAAAGUGUUAUUACAUUAGUAGAUUUAGAAUAUAUGUUUUUACUGAUGUUUUGAAAUGAGAAAAGUACUAUCUUCAGAUCAGCUUACUGCCCUUUGUGUGCAUGAAGUUAAAAAAAACCACUUCAUACCUGAAAAUUUUCAGGUAUUGAUAUUUUCUUUCAGACUCCUGUCAAUCUAGUUAUCCAUCUGAUUCAGUUAAUUGUAACAAACUAUAGGUUUCACCUCCAUGGUGACUUGGGAAAUAUUUCAUCUCUUCCCACUUUCAGAACCUAGGGAGAGAGAAGGGCAGGUUUUAUUCUUUGUAUUUGGAAAGAUUGAUAAAGGAUGACACAUUAAUUUCAUGUUCAUCUCCUUUCCAUGUCUUGAAUGAUUGAAUUGGUUGGCUGGGAGAGCAUUCCUUUCUGUAGUGGUCUGGAGUGCUGCCGUGGCUCACCUCUCAUGGAUGAGAAAGCACAGUCCAGCAUUUUGUCCACUUGGAUAGGACUCCUCCUCUAUUGCCAUAUGAGACUUUGGAACUGCUAAUUCUGAUCAGAGACCCUUGUGCCUACAAGAUAAGGUCUUCCCUUCCAUUUCUCAAGAGCUUCUGCCUGGAAGGCCAAACCCCCCUGCUGCCCAUGAAGUCUGAUGAAGCACAGAUCUGUUUCCAGCCCCAGCAUGUGCUUCUGCUGGACACAGGACCAUAUUUGGAUGCUCACAAUGUAUUCCCACUGCAGAAUUUGCGAGCAGCAGUGAAAAAGGAAGUAUCUGCUGAAAAACAAAGGACAAGAUGUGAAUGUUAUACCUAACCUACUCUUCCUUUAUAGCUCUCCUGGAGUGCAACACUAGAGAUGUGCCCCUGAAAACUUUUGGGAAGGCUGUGCAUGAGGAAUUUCCAAGUGUCAUUGACUUUGAGCUUCAUUACCGAAUAUCUUCUCUUGUUCAUCCUCAUUUUCUUACAAAAUUUCAGAGACAGUGUAUACUAAAACUGAUUUGAAAGGUUUAGAAGAAUUCAGAAAUAGACAGGUCCAAAUCAAACCAUCAGCUUUUAUCUCUCCCUUAGAAGUGUUCAACCAGUCUUUGAUCAUUGCAGAGAAUCAGGCUUGUGUUCUUGUUUAAUAUCAACUCAGCAUUGAGGCCAUACAGUAGUUCAUAAAGACUUUUCAGUCAUAAAAUGUUCUUUAAAAAAAGUGAAUGCUAUUUCCUCUUUACCUUGAUGGCUUUCCAUUUCUUCUGCUGCAGCAGAGAUCAAGUCUUCCUGUUUACUUAGAUUUUCUUCUAGCACUGCAGCCUGGGUUAGAAGUGAUGGGCAUGGGCCUGGAAAUAAUGUAUUUCACUGAAUUGCAGAUGUAAAGAGAAUCUCAAUAGUAUUUAAGUAAAUUGUCAUCUGUAUGACUCAGUCAGAUCUUCUAAGAACCAGAAGCUUGUGUACAUGCUAAUUUAUUGGAUCACCAUUUCCCCAUCUGCCAUUUCAGGUUGAAUCUGCCAUUGGUAUACACUUUUUUUUUUUUUUCCCCAAAUAGCAGUGGUUGAAAAGAAAAACAAAACAAUUAAAAUUGGGGGUGAGGAAGACUGAGUUACAAUCUUUGCUGUUGAUCCUUUAUUUGAUUUGAGACAACAUUGUCCCCAUUAUUCUAAAGCAAAAUAGAAGGAGAAUAAAUCUGUGACAUCAUAGCACUUCUAGAUAAAAGCUCUUUUGUCAUCAUCUUGUAAAUGCACUUAAAAUGCUGAAGUAAUGGUCUCUGAACAGUGACACUGGCACAGCCUUACUGUGUGAUGCUAUAGUAUUAAUUUUUAAUUAGGGGACUUUAAGUUAUAUAUACAAAUAUAUAUAUACAUAUAUAUUUGUGUAUCAUCCUAAUGUUUUUUACUGUAAACAUUGCUCACUGAUCAGGAAUAGAUCUAGAGUCCUAUAGUAAGUACUACUGAAAAAGAAGGAGCAAGAAAAUUCUACUUGUUUUGGAAAAGUCUGUCAGCAUUCUAACAAAAUAGGGCAAAACAUUAUCCCUUACAACUUAAUCUGAAUUUUAUUUGGAGCAUGGCUUAUCUUAUGAAAGAUAACCAAUGCUCUAAAAUGUGGGACUGAUUCUCAGCUGCUCUUAGUCAACAUUCAUCUACUGCUUUGUGGAUGGCCUGGUAUCCUUAAAGAUGCCAAGUCUAUGUCUUAGACUUUAGAUUUUAUGAAAAGGUGUGUGGCUGCUUAAUAGUUGAGCACACUCAACACAUGCAAGAAAAGAGUUCUUUCUGUCUCUGUCUGUAAGUCUGGUCUGUUUAUGCCCUAUUCUGGCUCAACCUGUCUCCGGUGAUGCCAUGUUACAAGCUCCAAAGGAAAGUUUUUUUUCUGUAAACAACUCUUCACAGCUAAAUCAGGAAACAGUGGACAGCAACACAUUAUCUUCCUCACCUGUAUAAGUCCUCACUUCAGUCAGCUCCAUCCUCCCCUCUCUUACUAAUUUCUAAUCUGUUCUAGUAUUUUUGAUCUCUGUGUCUCUUCACAUGGAAUCUUUUGCAGCUCCUCUAAUUUUUAGCAUCUCUUCAUGGAGUCAGUCCUCUUCAACAUCAUUUGCUCUGAGACAAUCACCCAGGAUACGCCACAGGUGUUUAAAGCUUGACUUCCAAGCUUUACUUCUCUCCCAACAGUGUGUCCUUACAGUAUGUCUUUGCUUUUUAGCCAUCCCAUGAGUAGGCCCGUGGUCAUCUCUGGGAUAUUUUUCCUUUGUGAUUACAGCUCAUCUCAAAGGAACAUGUGUUACAGCCAAGCAAAGCCAUGCAGCCUUGCUGCUGGCACACACGUCCUCCUUUCCCCAGUGCUCCAGCUGGGGAUGUGGUCAGGCUGCCGGUGCAUGAGAUCACAUCCAGCAGGGCUACUCCCUGGAAGCCAAAGUGUUGCUUAGUAACCCACUCAUGGAAGUACCAGAAGCAUUUUUCAAUCUGUCACAUUGGCAAAGAACACUGGCUUCUUGAUUUAGAGGCAUUCUGCUGUGCGUGGCAGGGCCAUGCUCCAUUAUCUUGCAUCCAGCGCUAUCUGCAAGCAAGGAGAUGAACCUCCCAUUUAAUGGAGGGGCUGGGAGAAGGUGGGGGUGUGAGGCACAGAAAAUAUUUUCCUAGGAACAUGAAGCUUUUAGCUGGUUCUCCUGGCAUCUAGUCCUCAACUUAACUCAUUUCCCAUGGGAGAUAUUCUCUGCUUAUGAAAUGCACUCCAGGGUCCUAUAGCAAUUGGCCAAACAGGACCCUGCAGCACCUUCAUCUAUUAUGAGACAUUACUGCAAUAAAACUUGGUGUGUCAUACAGAAACCGGAUGAGGUAUUGCAAUAUUUAUGCUGUAAGCCUCAGUGUCAUGGACAAUUGCUACAGAAUAAUGUAUGUUUUUUCUUAAUGCAGUGGAGUCACAGCAGCUUCAGCAGAGCACACUGAACACAGAUAGUCUGUGAUUGCAUGGUUUCCUCAGAUAUUUUCAAAUUAUUCUGUUACAGACGCUUAAAUGGAAAAUAUCCUUUCAUUAAAAAUAGAUGGUAAAAGCUCUUAGGUUACUCCCCCUUUUAGGAAUAAUUCAGUCUGAAAGUAAAACAUCCAAAAACCGGGUUCUGACUUGAGGGGCUUACUUCUUUAUCUGACACCGGUGUAUCAUUAAAAAUGGCUUCAAAAAGUAACUUGAGGGCUUUUAUUUGAGGUACCUUGUUGAUUUUGCUAUCACAUCUCUUCAUUUUGGAAAUGAAAAGAUAUUUUAAACAAUGUCUAGCUUUGAGCUCUGGGGACCAGCUGGACUCUUCCCAUCCUACUUCUUAUUGUAGAACAGUAGAACCAUAGAGUGUGUCCAGCCAUGGCAUCACCCAUUUCUGUGGGCUUGCCUCCUGUUGACAGAUUGUGUCCUGGAAGCCCUCUGCAAAAAACUGAAGGGCUUUUAUAUGGGUUGUUGAAGAUCCAGGGUGGUCUGAAGAUGUGGUUGUUAGACAAAUGUACCCAAGGUCUCUUUUGGUCUUUGGAGUGUCAUUUUACUGGGAUGGUGCUCAGUGCUGCAGUGAUGAAAUCAGCAAGUUGCAUCACAUAUUUUGUGUAAGGCCUUGUCAGUGCAAGGCCAGUGACAUGCACAAUACUCACGUGCUAAAGCUUGGCUUUGCAUAAAGAUGAAAAAACAUCCCACAGUUUUGGAAGCUCCUGACUUAAUUUCUGAAAACUUUUUGAGGAGAUGAGUACCUUCCUGUGCUCUUUCCCAGUCUAAUAAAUAAAUUUGGCUAUGGGAUAAAGAGUCCUUCAAAUUUAUUGUAUGUAGUUGUAUUUUUAUUGCACAUAGUUUAAGAAAUACAGAAAGUAGCCCAAAAAUGCUCUUGAUGACUGGCCAGCAUAAAAGCAUUUGAUGAUCUGCUGUGGAUCCCAGAGCAGAAUUUUCUACAUCACAGAAAUAUUCUGAAUGAACUGUUUUCUACAGGGGGCAGGGAGCAUUCUUGGUAGGGAAGCAAAGACUGUGAAGAUUCUAACUUUUAGAACUGGCUGUGCCAGCUCAGAACUGAUGGAAAGCUUGCCAUUGUGAUGCUUUGCUCUGUGGAAAAGGAUUCAGAGAAGCACUAAGUGUACAAUGCAUUAUUGUUUUAAAAGAAUCAGGGUAUCUGUUUCCAGUCUUCUAAUACAUUAACCUUGAAGUUUGUUCAUAAUUAAAUAGUCUAGCCCUACCAGUUAGGCAUCGAAGCAAGAGACUUGUUGUGAAGACAGUGGGCUAGGGAAGAGCAGGUGUACUGGAUAACCUUUGGGCAAUACUGAGAAAGCACAUCCACUCCCUGCACUCACAGGGGAGGACACCUCUUUCUUUGCACUUACUGCACAUUCUGCAUCUUAAAAUUGUUCGAAGUAAGAACCAUUUUAGAGCAACUGAGUUAGCUACAAAGCAGAAGAUGUUCCACUGGCAUUAAUUCUUGUUGUUUAGGUUUGGGGGUUUCUAUCUGCUCAUAUACUCACAGCCUUCUUUUCAACAUUUGAGGAUGCUAUAGAUUACUUCUAUCUCACCUAAUUGGGAUCUACCUGCCCUUAUGGUAACAACAAAUUGUGGGUUGGAAGCUGCCCCACUUCCUGGCUGUACAUACCACCAUCUAUACAACAUGUAGUGUAUGUUGAGUGAUUGCAUUGUAGUGGCUUUUGUAAUGCAAUAACUGUGGUGUCAAGAAAAUGUGGUUGGAGAAAACUUUGCUUACAAAUUAACAUGAAUAGAAAAUCAAAGUCAUUGAAAAGACAGUACAGAUGAAGAAUUCUUACUGUGAGCCACCACCGUGUGUCCCACAAUAUGCCAGCUUCUGUAUCUUCUAAAUAGUCUUUUAUCCUCUUUGCAGCAGAAGUGAAAUUUAAUUUUGUGUCUGUACUCUGAACUGGAGACAUUGGUACUCAGUCUUUUCAUAAUGUGCUGAUGAAUUGAAACACUCACCUUGUCAUGCCAGCUUCCAUAGCUUCCCACCAAAAUAAUGCAAUGCCAGUUGGUGAAUAGCCUGGAGGAGUUUUGGGUGCUGACUGAAGCAUGCCAUUGAAAUUUUGGUCUGCAGGAACACAAGGUUUUGUAUUGAUGUUUGUAAAAAAACCCAGCAGUCUCAGAUGAACCCAAAUGUUCUAUUAGUCACAUGGCAGGUACAGAGAAAAGUCAAAACAACUGAGUGAGGGGAAAAAAAUAAGGGGUUCUGCCUGAAGAAAACCCUAUAUACCACUCUCAUUUCAGAGGAAAAAUCCUUCUGUGACCAGUCCAGGGUGACAAGUAGUUAGGCUCAAAGUCUGGAAAGACCCAUUUCUGUAGUGUGUUUGUCACUGUGUCUUUGGUUAUGCACACGUACCAGAAUAGGAGAAAAUGCCUGUCUUUCUUUCAAAUUCCUUUUCAGCUUUGUACACUGCCUCCAGGUUGCCUGUUGCUGCACCCCAUGAGGCCUCAUUGGAGUGUGCACUACCUUGCUUGGUAUUUGUUUACUUUUGGCGGCCACAGACUAAGGUUACAGGUUUGGGAACCAGUACAUAAUUGUAAGGACAGCUUCGUGUGUUAGUUUUCCCCCCCCCCCCUCAUCUUUUGUAAAGUGUGAACCUUUCUUUGGAAUUCUGAAGUGACUGUAUCGUUGCAAUGUUUGUAUGUAGAGAUUUGUUUUAACAUGGCUUGUGUGAAGGAUCUUUGCUCUUCUUAUCUCACAUUCAAUUUUAUUAAGUGCUUGAUAGCUUUGCCAGCCUUCUGUGGGGGAGGAGAGGUGAUGGGGUGGCUUCAAAACUUGGCUUUUUUUUAAGGGAAAUUUGCCCAGCUUUGCCUAGAGCAGCAUGAGAAUCUGGGGUGCUCCUGACUGUUCUUCAGUCAUCCUGAUCUGAUUGCUUCUUGGAAAAAGAGAUCAGCCUUGAAACUCUCAGAAAAAAACAAAUUGUUGAAUGCACUAGGCCAGCACUGACCAAGAAGGCCCAUCAGUUUGUCAUGCAUGGAAACCUGCAUGGUGUUUCACCCCGCCAGAAGGUGUCUGUUGAGCACAGAGUGAAUCAUGGAAACUCACACUGCUCUGCGGAUGCCAACGGAGCCACCACAGCUUGCACCAGCCAAGGAUCGGCCCUUCCGUGUUUUGGUGGUUAGGAAACCUGUGAGCGAAAUCCCGCUGAGGUUUGAGAGGAGAGGAAAAUGGGUGUUGGAGACCUCUCAACUUUGCAGGAUUUCUUUGGUAUUCAUACAUAUUUGCAAGAAUGUAUUCCAAGCAUCUUGUACUGUUAUUAGUAACUUGUACUGUAGUUUGUUAGAAGUGUUGACUACCUACAUAGCUAAUAUUCUGUUGCAACUUAGAAAAUGUGUAAACAACUGCAGAAAACAGGAGUUUAGAACUUGUAUGUACUGUUUUUUUUAUAUUAAAGCACUUCAAUUAAAAGUUCAAGGAGAAA